UCAACUGUCCUCGGUCCCACCUCGGACGGGCGCGGUCCCGAAGGUGGAGUUCACCGCCGCUGUUCUGGGAACAUUUCAGCUUUUCUGCAUUUUUGGCACGAACUUCGUUGCGGACAGUCGAACAGCACGAUUCACCCGGACCGCGCCUUCUUUUCCCCUCAGAACCCUGGUUCGUUCUUUCAUUUCCAAGAAGGGCACCAAAGUAGGAAGAUGAUGGCUCCGGAGCCGCUGAGAUCCGCGAUGACGAGCCUGGGAGCGGAGGACACGUCGCUCGCGCUGCCCUCCGACAACAAGCUGCGCUCGGGACAGCAGCGCGUGCUGGAUCAGGUGCACACCAUCAAGAGGAGCAAGUCCAAACCCGGGAAAAACGGCUCGCUGUCUCCUUCAAGCCCGUCUUCUCAGUCUUUGAUACAUGACUUUGGAUCGUUCAAGUUUUCUCCGUCCAAAUCAAAUGGCACCUUCAGCCGCGUCAACUCCACUGUGUCAACAGGCUUCAACAAAGCGUUUAAUACUCAAAGGAGUCGCACUCUAUCCAGUAAGACCACGGGAGGAAGACAUGUCAGUACCUCAGGCAUGUGGGAACAUCAAAUCAACGCUUCCACCUGGCCCAAAAGUCCCAAUGGGCUGAAACCCAGUCGCAGUGACCCUGCCUUGGCUCCUCCCAUCUCUCCUGCUCCUGCUCCUGCUCCUGCAACUGUUAUGAGAGCCAAAGGGCAGACUGUCCAAAGCCAGCACAACUUCCAGACUCGAGUAAAUAGACACAGCACCUAUUCUAUAAACAACGGCUCUCAGAUGACCAGCAGCCAGACACGCAUCAUUCGACCGCCCUCUGCUCAGUCUCACACUGACGGCAGGAUGGGUACCAUCAAAAUGUCAAACAAGAUAGAGCAGACAUCAGCGGUGAACGGUGCGAUGGCCAUGCCAGACCUGACACUUAAGGAGGCUGUGGAGUUCCUGUCUCAACCUGAGGAGAAUUUCCAGCAGUGUGGAGCCACCUUCAUCCAACACGCCUCCUACAAAGAGGAGCACACCAAACAGGAGGUUUUGCAACUAGGAGGUAUCCCUGCUCUGGUGACCCUGCUGCAAAGCCCCAACGCUGGAGUGAGCCAGGCUGCUGCUGGGGCUCUGAGGAACCUGGUGUUCAAGCACCAUGAGAACAAGCUGCAGGUUCAGCACUGUGGCGGUAUAGCUAAGGCCCUGCAUCUCCUGAAGGACGUAGACUCUGCCGUAACCCAGAAACAAGUCACUGGCCUGCUAUGGAACCUGUCCUCCGCUGAUGAUUUGAAGGAAGAACUUAUAGCUACAGCACUGCCCGCCCUGACUGAGAAUGUGGUGGUGCCAUUCACCUGCUGGUCAGACAACAGCACCAACAACAACAUACACCCUGAUGUCUUCUACAGCGCCACGGGGUGCCUGCGGAACCUGAGCAGCUCCGACAAGAAGGAGAGGCACGAGAUGAGAGAGUGCCGAGGCCUCAUCGACUCCCUCAUGAGUUACGUCCAGUCCUGUGUGGCAGAAGAAAACCCAGAUGACCGGUCUGUUGAGAACUGUACAUGCAUCCUCCACAACUUGACCUAUCAACUGGAGUCGGAGUCCCCUGGGUGCUUCAGCAAGUUCAACCCAAUAGAGGGCCAGUCUGGGAGCAAGAAAAGUCCCACAAUUGGAUGCUUUAGCCCCAAGAGCAGCAAGGCUCAAAAGGAGUUCUUAUUUGAUGUUUCCCGGGAUAUGCCAGAGGACAGCAACCCAUCAGGUGUGAAGUGGUUGUGCCACCCCAGAGCUAUGCAGACCUACCUGUCCCUACUGGGCUCGUCCCAGAAAGAUGCCACCCUGGAAGCUUCCUGUGGUGCCCUGCAGAACCUCACUGCUGGGAAGGGACUGGGGUCCCGUGCCAUGAGCCAGAUUCUGGUUCAAAAGCUGGGGGCUCUGAUGCAAAUGACCCCUCUUUUAAAGUCUCCUAACCACACCCUGCAGAAGACUGCCAUGUCCCUGCUGGGUAACAUGUCUCGGACCAGCAGUUUGCAGACUUCCAUGGCAAAGCAGUUGCUGCCUGAGCUCAGCAGGCUCCUCUCCUCUAGCCCCCGGGAGAUGGGAAACUCUGACGAGACUAUAGCAACAGCUUGUGGCACAGUACGGACUCUGAUGUUGGCGGACACUGAGGUCAGCAAGAAGGUCAUUAAUAAUGAACUGGUGUCAUCACUGGCGGACCUCAGCGAGAAUGGGUCCUUCCCCAAAGGCAGCAAAGCAGCUUCUCUGCUGCUCUACAGCUUAUGGAAUGACAAGAAUUUGCAAGGUGUUGCGAAGAAGCUGGGCUUCAACAAAUUACUUUUUGUCAAUGACACCACCACAGCGGUGCACAGGUCGGUGCAAAUUAUCGAGUGAGUGCGAUGGACGAGUCGAAUUGCACCACAGAGCCUGAGAGAUGGAAACCGGCAUGUUUAGACAGUGCUGUGGCCACACCCUUGCAACGAGGAGAGUAAAAUGACAUUCUUCACAUAUUGUUAAGUGCCCCAUCAAUUAAGAGUCAAUCAUAUGUUGUACAUAAUUUAGAGAAAAGAGAGCUUUCAAUUUCAUGGAUAAUCCUGUGGUAUUGUAUGUAUUUAAUUUGGAUAUGUUUCUGUCUGUAUAUAAGCGGGUGAGUGUGUUUUCGGUAGGUUAAGUGUGUGUGUGUGUGUUAAAAAAACUGUUCUUAUGGCCUGAGAGUCACAAUACCUGAGACAAUGUGGAUAGACAAUGUUAACUGGAGUGAAAGUUACUCGCAGUGAUCAUUUAUAUUCAUGAAUGGCGUUGUCAAAUGUGUCUAAGGUGGCUAAAAAAGAUAAAAUAUCCACUGUGGCUUUGAGGACUGAGCAGCCAAAAACGAAAGUAAAAAAAAGAAAAAAGAAAUAUAGUAAAAAAAAAAA